GUGGGCGGUGCUAGUAGCUGGAGGAGUAAAGAUGGCGGCGCGGGGGCCUCCGCCUUCAUUUCCAGGCUGAAGCCCUCCGAGGGAGGCGGUGGCGGUCACACAAGGCUACCAGCAUUCUGGUGGUGGUAGUUUUGUCAGCAGCUGCCGAGACUCGAGCCAUGGCGGAGCUGGAGCACCUGGGAGGGAAGCGGGCAGAGUCGGCGCGAGCGCGGCGGGCUGAGCAGCUGCGGCGCUGGAGGGGCUCGCUGACAGAGCAGGAGUCCGCGGAGCGACAGGGCUCGGGGCGGCAACUGCAGACAAGACGCGGGAGCCCCAGGGUCCGCUUCGAGGAUGGUGCAGUCUUUCUGGCUGCCUGCUCCAGCGGGGACACGGACGAGGUGAAAAAGCUUCUGGCAAGAGGUGCGGACAUCAACACUGUCAACGUGGACGGUUUGACAGCCUUGCACCAGGCCUGUAUUGAUGAAAAUUUGGACAUGGUGAAGUUUCUGGUGGAGAACAGAGCCAACGUAAACCAGCAAGACAACGAGGGCUGGACACCUCUUCAUGCGGCAGCUUCCUGUGGUUAUCUCAACAUAGCAGAGUAUUUUAUUAGCCAUGGAGCCAGUGUGGGAAUUGUGAACAGCGAGGGUGAAGUUCCUUCUGAUCUUGCAGAAGAGCCAGCCAUGAAAGACCUUCUUCUGGAACAAGUAAAGAAACAAGGCGUUGACCUAGAGCAGUCAAGAAAGGAAGAAGAGCAACAGAUGCUGCAAGACGCCCGCCAGUGGCUCAACAGCGGGAAAAUAGAAGAUGUGAGGCAGGCUCGCUCAGGGGCCACAGCCCUGCAUGUAGCUGCUGCCAAGGGUUACUCUGAAGUUCUCAGACUUUUAAUUCAGGCUGGCUAUGAACUCAAUGUUCAGGAUCACGAUGGCUGGACUCCUCUUCAUGCUGCUGCACACUGGGGAGUGAAAGAGGCUUGUUCCAUCUUGGCAGAAGCACUCUGUGACAUGGAUAUCCGGAACAAACUGGGACAGACACCAUUUGACGUGGCUGAUGAAGGUCUGGUGGAGCACUUGGAGAUGCUUCAGAAGAAGCAGACUGUGCUUCGAAGUGAAAAGGAGACGCGGAAUAAGCUCAUUGAGUCAGACCUGAAUAGAAAGUUUCAGAGUGGACUCUUCAAGAACAAGGAGAAGAUGCUUUAUGAGGAAGAAAGCCCCAAGUCCCAAGAAACAGAGGAAGAAAACAAGGACUCCAGCAGCUCCAGCUCAGAGGAAGAGGAAGGUGAAGAAGAAGAAUCAGAAACUGAGAAGGAGGCAGAUAAGAAGCCAGAAGCCACUGUCAACCAUUCCAACUCUGAAAGCAAGAGUCGUAUCAUGGAGCAGACCCCAACCCCAGCUCAGAACACCUACUCUGCCUCUUCUGCUAGGAGAUUGUCCAGUCUUUUCCACAAGACAGAAGAGCCCAAAGACGAAUCUCCUUCUUCAUGGAGACUGGGACUCAGAAAAACUGGCAGUCACAAUAUGCUGAGUGAAGUGGCCAACUCCAGGGAAGCCUUUAGGGAUCGAGGUUCUUCCAUCUACCGUUCCUCAUCAAGCCCUCGGAUCUCAGCUUUGCUGGAUGACAAAGAUAAGGAAAGAGAAAACAAAAACUAUUUUAGCACGUUGGUACCCCGGAGGCUCAGCAGCACAAGUGACAUUGAAGAAAAGGAGAACAGAGAAUCAGCCGUUAAUCUAGUGAGGAGUGGCUCCCACACCAAGCAGCUGUGGAGGGAUGAAACAAAGGGAAAUGAAAUGCCACAGACAAUUGCUCCUUCCACUUAUGUGUCAACUUAUUUGAAAAGGACUCCUUACAAGUCUCAGGCUGACUCAACAGCAGAGAAAACAACAGAUGGUGUCUCUUCUAGUCCUCUGUGUGUGAUCACCAAUCGCCCCGCACCGAGCACUGCCAAUGGGGUUCCUGCUGCCACAGUGUUCUCCUCCACUGGAACAGACUCCUCUGGGGAAGCCCGGGAGAAGAGGAGGUCUUAUCUGACUCCUGUCCGGGAUGAAGAAGCAGAGUCUUUACGGAAAGCACGCUCCAGACAAGCUCGGCAGACACGCAGGUCUACUCAAGGUGUUACCCUAACAGACCUUCAGGAAGCAGAGAAGACUUUCAGCAGGUCAAGGGCAGAGAGGCAAGCUCAGGAACAGCCCGGUGAAAAGCUUGCAGACCCUGGUGGACUUGAAGGGAACACCAAGAAGCAGGAACCAUCAGCUGCCCCAACAAAGGAAGCUGAGGAAGGCCAGCAGUCUGAGGGCAGGAGUCUGGAGGAAGAGCCUAUCUAUCAUCGCCUAAGGUGUUCAACUCAACCUGACAAACCCACAACACCCGUGUCUCCUUCUGCAUCAAGAACCUUACUCUACACUGGUUCUCAUCUACUACGGCCAGGUAGAACUUCAGACCCUGAUUCUGAGAAUUCAGAAACCACCACAAACCCCACAGCCGCAAAGGAAAUGGACAACAAUGAGAAAGAAGGAGCUGAUUUGGAUGAUCAGUCCUCUAACAGGCUGUCUGUCCGAGAGAGGAGGCGACCUAAGGACCGGCGAAGAGGCACAGGCAUUAACUUCUGGACAAAGGACGAGGAUGAAACAGAUGUCUCUGAAGAGGUCAAAGAAACAUGGCAUGAAAGACUUUCUAGGUUGGAGUCAGGAGGCAGUAAUCCAACCAGCAGUGAUUCUUACAGUGACCGUGCCUCAGCAAGAGCCCGUCGGGAGGCCCGGGAGGCCCGCCUAGCCAGCCUGACCAGCCGGGUAGAAGAGGACACCAGCAGGGAUUAUAAAAAACUCUACGAGAGCGCCCUGACCGAAAACCAAAAACUGAAAACAAAACUUCAGGAGGCCCAGCUCGAGCUAGCCGAGAUAAAGUCCAAGCUUGAGAAGAUGGCCCAGCAGAAGCAAGAGAAGACCUCUGACCGGUCAUCGGUGCUGGAGAUGGAGAAACGGGAGAGACGGGCAUUGGAACGGAAAAUGUCAGAGAUGGAAGAAGAGAUGAAGAACCUUCACCAGCUAAAACAGAUUCAAACCUUGAAGCAGAUGAACGAGCAACUGCAGGCUGAGAACAGGGCCUUGACCCGAGUGGUGGCCAGACUCUCCAAGUCCAUCGAGUCCUCGGACACCCAGGAGCUCUAGCUAUUGCCCUUCCUCUCCACCUCACUUCCCUCCUCUACUACUCCAGGUGUUAACAGAACUGAAAUCCGACAAUCAGAGGCUGAAAGAUGAAAAUGGUGCCCUCAUCAGAGUCAUCAGCAAACUGUCCAAAUAGGCGAGGUCAGAUCUGGGAGGAGGGGACAGCAUUUGCUGCACACCCCUCGUUUCCGGCCAAAAGAAGUGAAUGUUUCUGAAGAAGGGCACCUCCUCUGCACUGCACAUUUUCUCUGCACUCUGUGUCCCACUGCUCCCGCACUUCAGCCCAAGUUUUAUGACAGUUUUAACUGAAGCAUGAUUGUGACUAUUUCAAGCAGUCUGGAGAAAGCUUUGUGGGGUAUACCAAGCUCAGCUGUGAACCCCCACUUUCUGCUGCUUUGUCCACAUUGGUUUUGGUACAGAUAUGUAAGGCUUUGACCCAUAGCCUUUAUACUGACCCACUGUCCUUUGAUAUAGGUGAGUCUUGUGGUGGCCACUCCAGGAUCCUAUCUGGGGUGCCAAGAGAAAGGGCAGAAUGUGGAGUUACUCUCUGGACUGCCUCUGGAGCUGUUGUGUAGAGUUCACGGUGGUUGUGACUCUGGUGUUCACCUCUCAGGGACUGACCUGUUUUUACUUUUCUAUCAAUAACCUAGAACUUCCCUGACUAGUCUUAACCCCAUUUCUCCUUCCACACGGCUUUAGAUGCUCCUGGACUCUCUUGCUCCUUUUCUUUCUGUCCUUUUAUCAUUUCUUCUCCCAGCCUGAUGGCAUAAAAGCUGGAACAGAGCUCCUGACCUUAGUUGUUGGGGCUGCUGUGGAAAAUCAUCGUUCUGUUGCCAUGGUACCGUGACCCCGUCCCUGCACAGCUAGAGGGUGACUUAGGAGUCAGCUUACUGUUCUCCUCUCCCCCUUGCCGCUUACAGAGUGAUUUUCUGGGCUCUUCAAGUCAGACAUAGCAGUAUACACCUACGGUCUCAGCACUCGUGAAGCUGAGGCAGGAGGAUCAGGAAUUUGAGGCCAGUUACAUAGCAAGACCCUCUCAAGGAGAGGGAAAUCUGGAUUCCGAAUGUUGAGUUUGCCUUGCUCCCUUUGGCCUUGUUUACUUUUCCACUUGUGCACCUGCUCCUAAUGAGGAAUGAAGUUGCAAGUCCAGGGAGAGGGUGGGGGAGGCGGGUGGAAGCAGGCUAGAGAGAAAAGGAGAGAGCAUGUAAGGACACUUGGAACGCUGUGCUUGUACUGUGAGAUGAUGGGAACUUCUGGUAGUCGCAUUCAGGGAAGAGGCAUUGCCCUUCUUAGAAGCCGACAGGAGAAAUGACUGCUGGGGUAGAGACUAAAGGGGGCGAUCCAGUCCAUAAUAAGACUCAUGGAUUCUUAAGAGUGGCAAGGCUUGCACAUCAUCUGGCCCAGCUUCCUCGUGUGAUAGGGACCCCUCUGCUGCCAUAGCUUUGCCCUAUGGUUGGCCUUUGGUAGCUAUGCAUUUAGUGCUUAAAGCUUGGGCACCUCUAAUAACCAUCGUUUUUACUAAUAGGAGCUGAGGUCUGCUGCUCCCCGCCUGCCCAGCUCAUUAAGUAUGGAUGGGUGGUGGUCUCCACUUCUGUAGUUCCUGCAGUCCCUCUUCAGAUGUCAUGAUUUUGAUGCCUGUCACAUCUUGACUCCCCUAGAGUCUAAACAAAGGCAGCCCUUUAGAUUAUCGUGUCUCCGUCUCUACAGAGUGGUCCAUAAUUCCAGCGCAUAGUUAAAGUGCGAGUUCUCAUCGAUGAGCCAGUGCUGAUGCGGGUAAUGCUUGAUUUCUGUAGGCAUUUUGUCCUUUGGAUCACAUUAAAGGACAGGUCCUUUAGGGUCUCAUUAUUUUGGUGUUGCCAGUGAUGUGGACCAUUCUAACACUACCUCUGUCAUUCUCUUUCAUGAGGCUGCCACUGUCCUUUUCUGUGACCCUUGCAGGCUUCGUGUGCUCUUAAACAAGCUGUAAUUCAGGGUCUUUGUCACAGACGAGGACCACGCCCACUCUGACACACUUUGAGCAUGUGCAGGGUUCUCUCUGCCAUUUCAGCCCACUCUUCUGAGGAGUCUGUGCUGAGCCACUCUGCUAUGGAGCACUGAGCCCAGGUUUUAGAAGGGACUGAACCACAGUGGGAAGGACCCGUCUUCUGCUAUAGGAAGCGAGAAAUGCCAACAACAUGUCAGCCAACUGGUUCUCCUAGAGUAGCUAGGACAUUGGGAAAGAAGGGGUUGGGAAAAGAAAAUGGGAUGUUAGGAAAACAUUUUGCGCCUCCUCCAUUCAUAGACCAGGUAAAGGUGUAAGUCCAGGGGCAGGUUCUCAAAACUCACAACCUGGCGUUAAUGCCUGCUGCUGUGUGUGGCCUUCCAGGAAGGUUCCUCAUGACAAGCUGUUUAUAAGCUCUUCAGCCUCAGGAAUCCUGGGCUCUGGAGCCAAGAGCUCAUCGUAGCACAGAUGCUCCCAGGUAAUUCCAGGUACUUCCUUUAGGCCACUAAUUUUAUUAGACAGAAAACAUUGUGAAUUGGUCUCUUCAAAAUGAUAUUGACUGAAAGCCUCCAUGAAGGGCAUAGGCCUUCUGAUAGCCAGCUAGACUCUCGGUGCUGGUCUCCUUUCCUUUGUUCUCUCCCGGUGACCGCCAGCCUCACUGGCUGACUUGUUGUGAGUCAUCUCACAGCUGGAGCUUAGUGACCCACUGGAAGCCAGUAGCCAUGCAGGACUCCCCGGUCGCAAGCCUGUCUUCCUGGGAAAUUCAGAUGGGACAAGAAUGUCCUCACUACAGCAUCACACCCUAUGUUCUCAUUCAUCUGACAGCUUUGGGAGUAAUGACAGGACCAGUCCAGAGAUUCUGGGCCUGGAGUUUUCCUGUUUGACUUUCAGGGGCUUCUGAGCCUUUCCAGACAGUACCUGGAAGUUCUGACUGCCAGUUUCAUCCCUGUCUCUAGGGGAAGGUGGGUGGUGCACAUUUAAGGGUGUUGCCUCAAAAGAAUCAGAAGAACAGCUCGAUCUUGGACCCACUCAGUACACUGAGUUCUCAACUGGGCUGGUCUCACUUCCUAGAACCUCCUUGUCUGUCCAGCAGUGGCCAUGUUCUCACCCCUGCUUUCCCUGCUUCUGUCCCAGGCCUCAGUCUUCUAGAUGCAAGCAUUGUUCAGUGAGGUGAAGUACCGGAGUAGUCUGUGGGCCCUACAAAAGAGUAUAUAACCAGAGAUGAGAGGAGGAAGUCUCCAAGCCAUGCCCUUUGCCGGCACUCUGGUUUCUGGCCCCUUCGAGGCCUUUCCUCGAACAUACAGACAACUGUCUCCACCCAGUGUAAAGUACUGACAGUGCUGGCUCUUGCGAGGAGCUGGACCUCGGUGACCAGGAGCCUGGGGAGGAGGAGAUUGCAGAGAGCAUCUGUCAGCCGCUUCCAGACUAUUGUAUGACUUGAAACAGAAGCCUCAUUGGGCAGCUAGGAUGGCUAGUGACUAGCUUCCCCAGCAGGUGAGCUACAGCAUCCGCUGCAGGAGCCCACUGUCUUCCCUCAGGACCACAGGGCUCUAGUCCAUGGUUACACGCCUUUUCAGAGGUGGGCCCCACGCACAUCUCAAUUGCCAUUCUAUUCUGCAAACCCUCAAACAUAGGUCCCUGGACCCAGGAAAUGAGGCAGCUUUGAGGGCAGUAUAAGGUGCUCACAGUUGAGCCACACGGAGUCCAGGACCAACUUAUUUAACUGUAACCCUUGGGCAAGAUAAUUUCUUAAGGCCCCAUGGGGCUUAAAUUUCUGUAAUUUAUUCAUUUCUAGAAGGAUGAGAACAUUUUGACUCUUAGAUUUCUGCUUUUCAAAUUUUCAAGAUCAGUCUUGUUUUCUUCCCAAACUCAAGCUGUUUAAGAUUGGGGUGUCAAGGCUGACCCUUCCUCUUUCCUGGAAAGUGGAGUUACCACUGAAAGCAAUUGAACAGUGUUGUGAUUGUUUUCUUUCUGGUGGUUAGGUAACCUGAAGAGGUGGAGAUGGUAGCUGGUAGAGGGUGGAUAGAGCAGUAUGUCACUAGGAACCCAGCUCCACUUGAGGUUUGCCCAGCCACCUCUCCUAGAUGUGACCAGCACUGCUUCUCAGUACCCAAGCAACAGACUUAACUAGGGAUUCUGUUUGGCACCAGCUAGUUCCCAGUGUUGAACUCUGCCUUGAGCAGCAAGAGCGCUCCACAGCGAAGAGCACAGCCACUACUUCAGCUGAGCUCUGCCUCUGAGCACUAAGCUCUCAGAAGUGCGGCGUUCUGGGGCUGUUCAAGGUGGUCUUUCACAAGGGAAAGAGUUCACAGACCCCACAAACCACAUAGCAUAGAAUGGUACAGUCAGGGCUUGGAUGGAAGGAAAAGGACAAACCCCGGAGGUGGGUGCCUGCAGGUGUGAUGGGUAAAGGUCUUUGGAUGUGGAACAGGAUGGAGACUGCAGACCCUGGGAGAAAGGAAGCCUGAUUUCUGCACCUGGAAGUGCGUCUGUCUCACUGAGUUCUUUCCUCAGUUCCAGCUAAGCCUGAGAGGAGAUUUUAAUCAGUCUUCCUAAUGGGUAUUGACACUGCUCAGAGCAGUGGACUCUGUCAGGGACAACUAUUGAUUGCUUGUGUUCUGAUUAGAUUGGAAAAAUAGAUCAACUUCAUUAUAGCCCAGGAGCUGUCAUUGUCACAGCUACAGAGGAAUGAAGUGGUCUCUGGGGGCCGAGGAAAAACAACUGGACCCCAACAAACCAGAGGGCAUCUGGAAGUUGUCUCCACAUCUCCUCGCAAGCUGUGGUGAAGGUCACAGUUGCAACCCAGUGUCUGGGUGCCUGCUCGCGAGAUGGUGGGGGAGGAAACUUCUAAAGCCCAUGCAUUGAUGCAUGUUCUGGCCUUACCUCAGAAGACUUGUCAGGGUGAGGCUCUCUUCCAGCCUGGGAACACACACACACACGUGACAGGUGAUUCAUUCUGGGAAUACACAGUCACAUUCUCUCUCUCUCUCUCUCUCUCUCUCUCUCUCUCUCUCUCUCUCUCUCUCUAUUUCUCUCUCUCUCUCUUACACACACACAUUUGCCAGGCUGGAGCUUUUUAAAAGAGGUCUGGUGUUUUCUUGAUUAGAAAUGAGAACUCAGAAACCAAUUUAAUCCAAGUGUGUAGCUCUGUCUCUUUUUCUCUUCCCGCACCAGCUUCCCAAAGGACUCCCAUGCAUCUGCUUGUCUCCCAGCUUGGUAAUCUGCCAGAAUGACAUUUUGUUAUUUUUGCCUCUAAAUUUUCCCCUAAUGCUUCCAAUAAAAAUGUACUUGGGUGGCCCUUAAGGUGUCAUCAAGAUGGUAGCGUAGGUCCUUCCAAAUAAGCACACCCCUCCCCCGCCUCCCCUCACACUCCUCAGGCCUUGCUUCUAUACUUGGGCUUGCUGGUGCUUGAGGGACAAGGUUUCCCAUUAAGCAGCCAAGGGUCCUGGAGAAUUUUCAAACGCCAACAGCAUGUCAUUUUCCCCCACCACCCAUAGCCAACCCCUAUUCCACUUUCAAGGCCCCUCAGAGACAAGAUUUGGCGUAUAGGUCUAGACGAUUCCUCGUCGCAGCGCUGUCUGAGACGUUCAUUCCUUCUUUUCCUGGGGAUGUGACUGGUCCCUGCAUAAGGCAGAAAUGUCUCUUCAGCACAGGCUGAGCUAGUCUGUUUGUAUAGAAGUGACAGCCAGCCAGCCAGGAGAGAAGAUCCAGAAAAGGCUGGACCAUAAGGAGUCCUAAGAGCCUCUGACGUGCUCUUGAACCCAGAGCGGAGGUCAGAGCAGGAUCCUGGACAGGGGACACUCGGGCCAGCACCAGUUUGUUUCUCUCCCAAGUGCUGUGUCUGUGCUGUUUCCAACCCUACUCUCCUGAAACCUCAAGCGGAUUCCAGCUCACCCUAGGAUGGGAGUCUAGUACAGAGUAGCUGCAGGGAAAGGCAGAGAGGUGGGUCCAGGAGAGCAUCCAUCCGACAUGCUCACCUUGCCGGUCUCCUGCCUUGAGCCCUUGGAUUUCCCUGAAGAGGGGAGUAAUGUGCCACAACUGCGCCCUCUGCAGCGAGGUGUGGCCUACUCUGAGGCAGUGUAGUCUGGUUUUGGCAUCACCGUUUUUCUCUGUUCGUGUUUCCUUCGCCCUGGUCUUGAUCACCACUUGAACGCUAGCAUUUUGCGUUUCCUCUCUCCACCCUUCACCCACACUUAUGCACCAGAUGGAGCUGUUCUCCAGCUGAGUUGUGUAGAUGAACUUCAGUCAACUGUAAAGACACCUGGAGGAGGCUCCUGAGUGAGGGGAAGCCAGACUGGCUUUGUGAACUGAAUGUAUUUUUAUGCAACUUUGAGUGGCCUUUCAACCCUGAGAUGGAUGGAUUUGCUUUACUGGUUGUUAUUAUAUGGUAUUAAGUGUUCUGUGUUUGAAAGUUUGGGAAUAAUAUUCACAUCUGUAUGAUGCCUGUAAACACAACAGUAUUUAUAAAUGAACAAAUAAAACUGUGUUUUAACUUUG